AUGAACUGGAAGCAGACAAGCUUAUCAAAUCAACUGCGGAUUGAGUUGAGUGAUGACCACGAGCAACACAUGUACAAUCAACGUGCUCGUGUGUAUUGUCUGUUGUUACUGAGUGGUCUACUGAUCCCGAACGCUACCGGUAAUAAAAUUCCCUUCUUCUACCUUCAGUUUUUCAUGGAUAUAGAACAAUGUGCUAGCUAUAGCUGGGGAGGUGCGACUCUUGCCUGCUUGUACCACAAUCUAUGUGAAGCUGCACUUGGUAAGAUGACCGAUGUCGGGGGAGCUCUUACAUUGUUACAGCUGUGGGCUUGGGAAAGAAUCCCAAUUAUUAGACCGCAGAUGCUGAACCCCGCGCCCGUAGACUACUUACCAUGUGCAGUCGCAUGGACUGGUCGGGCCUCUUAUGUAAAAGCACCGGGGCAUUGCAUUGAAACUUUCAGAGAUCAGUUCUCAACAAUGCAUGCCAAUCAGUUUAUUUGGAGGCCGUAUGAAUCGCGAAAUCUGCCGGAUGUUUGUGUUGCCGGUCGUCCUAUAUGGACGUCGAUGACAACACUAAUCUACUGGAAUAUGGUUGAGCCACACAUGCCACAGCGGGUGUUGCGACAAUUUGGGAUUGUCCAACCUUAUAUCCCGAUUGUCGACCGGUUCCACGGAUCUGAUUUUACGAAACAGGAUCGACGUGGCAAAACAGGUCGGAACUGGGUUCAGUGGCACGCCAAUCAUAUACAAGAUUGGCAUAAUAGGCACGACACAGUGUAUGUUGAUUUGGAGUACUCAUUGGUACCUGUUGCUACUGAUGAGUACAUGGAUUGGUUUCGCCGGAUAACCGUGGUGUACCUAACAAAACCUGGGGUGCAUUCUCAUGAGGGCUUCCAUGAAACGGCGGCCUCUCAUCACUACGCGGUGGAGACCCUUCACAAAAUACGCCACUUUCUUAGGGAGCAAGACAUGUCAGGACGGCCGGAUUUAUUCACCAUUUCGAGAAUGGUUGAAGAUGGCCUCCAGAUAUGUGGGGAAGCUGAGACGAUGGACCACCGUCCUUCACAGCGCUCUGAGCUGGACCUUGACAUGCCCGUGCGGCAAAAAGCGAAGCGGCGUGGAAAGAAGAAAGUUGGUGGAGAGUCGUCAUCAUCAAGGAUGGAUACUCAGUUGGUUGAUGAUUCUGAUGACGAUUUUGUGGCUCCACCUCCACCAAGAUCUGCCGUGCGGGGUCGUCACUCUGUCAGCCACACAGGUGGUACAUGA